AUGAAACGAAGUGAAUCACAGCAACACUGUAUUGAACCUGAUCCAGAAGAAGAUAUUAACUGGAAUGAAAUGAAAGAGAAACAAAGUUAUGGAACGUUUUCAUUUCUUCCUCAUAAUGACAGAUGGCCAAGUUUGCCAAAUCCUCUUCAUUGGGUAUCUUCCAAGAUGUCAGCAUCAUCUGUUAAGAUACAGAUAAUGGAGGAUAAUAGUGAUACUGAUUUGAGUGAUGUGGAUUCACCAUAUGAUGUUGCGUCAAAUGAAGGAUUCACUGGUGCAUGUAAUGUGAAUAGUGAGGCUAAUGGAGAACAUGAUAUAGACUAUGGAGAUAGACAUUUGGAAGCUGCCCGUGAGUUACCGUAUAGUGAGAUAUACUCUGCUCCAUUGUCAUUUGGAGACUAUAACAGAAAAGUAUUAAUUCCUGGUGAAAGAAUUGAUGUCAAAAUAAGUGAUGUCGAGAGACAUCCAUCAAGAAAAUUACUUAAUCCCAACUUAUAUGUAAUAGAUUUAAAACAUGGUGCUUACAAGUGGACUAUUAAGAAGAGAUAUCAUCAUUUCAGACAACUCCAUGAACAACUACUCCUAUUCAAAGCAGCUAUGAAGAUUCCAGUCCCAACCAAAAGAUUGAAAGAAAGAAGAAGAAGCUACAGAGUUAACAGUAAUAAAACCAGAACCCUUCCUCACCUACCCAAAGGAAUAGAUGCCUUAGUAGCAGCACCACAGUUAGCAAGGAGAAUGGUUCAACUUGAAAAAUAUUUACAAAAUUUACUGAGGAAUCCUAUUUACAGAACGAACAAACACACUAUUGAAUUUCUUGAACUGUCCCACUUGUCAUUUGUAGAAGAGCUUGGUAUGAAAGGAAAGGAAAGCCUUGUAAAGAAAAGAUCUGGUGGCCAUCGUAUACCACUAGGUUGUUGUACAAGAUGCUGUGGUGGUUGUUAUUGUGAGUGGGCUGGUCAUUGGAGUAAAAGGUGGUUGAUAACAAAGGAUAGUUUUAUUGGAUAUAUCAAACCAAGAGAUAUAUCCAAGUGGUUGAUAACAAAGGAUAGUUUUAUUGGAUAUAUCAAACCAAGAGAUGGUAGGAUGGGUGGAUUAUUAUUAAUGGAUGAAGUGUUCUCUGCUAAAAGUGGCCUAAAUUUACUUCUCAAAUGCUGGACACAACGGAAAGCUAAGGAGUGGUGCUCUUUUAUCAAUGAUCUUGCUGAGAAGUGUGAAUAUACCAAACAAAAUAGGUACAAGUCGUUUGCACCUGUCAGAAAUGAAACACCAGCAAAAUGGUUCAUUGAUGGUGCUGAUUAUUUAGAUGCUGUUGCCGAUGCACUGGAAAGUGCACAAAUAGAAAUAUUUAUUACAGAUUGGUGGUUGAGUCCAGAGAUUUACUUAAAGAGGCCAGUUACUGAAGGUAAUAGGUGGAGACUGGAUCAAAUACUCAAACGAAAAGCUGAAUGUGGAGUCAAGAUAUUUGUAUUAUUGUACAAAGAAGUUGAGAUGGCAAUAGGACUUUGGAGUAGUUACAGCAAACACACAUUAAUGAAACUCCAUCCGAAUAUAAUGGUAUUACGUCACCCAGACCAUGUUCCAGGUGGAGUAUUACUGUGGGCUCACCAUGAGAAGAUAGUGGCUAUAGAUCAGAAGACAGCAUUCCUUGGUGGUAUUGAUCUUUGCUAUGGUAGAUGGGAUGAUUAUACACAUAGACUUGUUGAUAUAGGAUCUUUAAUGCCCUCCAAACAAUCCAAUUCACCUGGUGUACUUAGGAAAUUCUCGUCCACUCCAGAGCGUCUGAAUGAAUUACACAAUGCAGACUCCAAUGCCAAUGAUGUCAAGGGGCAAGAUGAGAUUGACUUGGCACCAACCAAUCUGCUAGCAGUACCUAAAUUUUCGAUAUCUAGAACCAGUGUUGAUGAACAUCUCAACAAACUAGGGGUUCAAGGCAUGGCCAAACUUUGGCAUGGCAAGGAUUAUACUAAUUUUAUACGCAAGGAUUUUGUGGAUUUAGACCAACCAUUGCAAGAUUUUAUAGAUAGAACUAAUACACCACGUAUGCCAUGGCAUGAUAUAGCGGCUGUGGUCUAUGGUAAGGCAGCUAGGGAUGUGGCAAGACAUUUUAUACUUCGCUGGAAUGCAACUAAAUUAGAGAAAGCCAAGGUGAACGCUGCCAUUCCAUUAUUGAUUCCAAAAACCACUAACAAUGUUGAAUUACCAGACAAACUGGUACCUGGUGCUGUAUGCUGUGAUUGCCAGAUUUUACGAUCAGUGAGUACCUGGUCUGCUGGCAUAAAACACACAGAGAAUUCUAUUUACUGGGCUUACCUAUCAGCAAUUCGAGAUUCUAAACACUAUAUUUACAUUGAGAAUCAAUUUUUCAUAUCAUGUGUUGAAGAUAAAGAUGUGUACAACCGAAUAGCUGAUGCUUUGUAUGUGCGCAUAAUGGAAGCUCAUCGGGCUAAACACAAGUUUCGUGUAAUGGUAGUAUUACCAUUGUUACCAGCAUUUGAAGGGGAGGUUGGUGAAGCAGGUGCAACAUCGAUAUUAGCAAUCACACACUGGAAUUACAAGAGUAUGAGUAGAGGUGGCAAUUCACUAUUGGAAAAACUACAAAGAGAAAUGGAGAAUCCUGAAGACUAUAUUUCAUUCUGUGGAUUGAGGACAUACUCAGAACUUGACACAAAACUGGUUACUGAGUUGGUGUAUGUGCAUAGUAAGCUAAUGAUAGUGGAUGACAGGACUGUUAUCAUAGGAUCAGCCAACAUCAAUGAUAGAAGCAUGUUGGGUAAAAGAGACAGUGAAAUUGCUGUUAUUGUUAAUGAUUCUAAUAUGAAAGCAGGAAAGAUGAAUGGUCAGGAUUACCAAGUUGGUACUUACGCUUAUGAACUCAGAAAAAAUUUGUUCAGGGAACAUCUUGGAAUGCUGACCAACCCUAAAGCAGUAUUCGAUGUAACAGAUCCAGUAUGUGAUGAAUUCUUUUAUAAUUCAUGGAAUAAAACAGCUGAAACAAAUACAGAAAUAUUUGACAAGGUGUUCAACUGUAUUCCGUGUAACCACACAACAACAUUUGAUGAGCUUAAACAAUACAAGAACAAAGAUCCAUUAUGUAACACUGACCCUGAGCAGUCCUACAAGUUACUAUCAGGAAUACGAGGAUAUUUGGUGAAAAUUCCACUCUAUUUCUUAUGCAAAGAAAACCUUGAACCAAGUAUUGCUACACAGGAGGGUAUGAUGCCCACAAAGUUAUGGACUUGA